ACCAAAACAGAGACAACAAGAAUGAUUUGGAGCUGCCAAUGACUCUCUUGUGUGGUUAUAUGUCUCUCAUAAUGGGGACUUGUAUUCAAGUACUCGAUUGAGGGGAUGGAUGAGGUGAGGUCGCAACUUGAUCACGUGUCGGAGAAACUCUCGGGAUAACGUGGAGCGUGCGUCAUCGUUGCCAGGCGUGCCAGGCUCUGGGCGGGGGAGGGGGUCAAGAGUUCAGAGUUCCACCAGUGGGGUCACCCAAAGCCCCGGCCCCGCGGUUAGCUUCAUCUCUCCCCUCCACUCCCUUUGGCUUUUGACAGCUCCCGGUCGAGAAUCCAUCCUGCCAUCGCAAACUUCUCUCGGUCAGCAUACUCAAUUACACUCCAAAAUGGAUCCUUUCGCCUCAGAAUCGACGACAUCUACGAACCCCUCCAAUCCCCCCUUCUCCGCUUCCUCAGAUCCCAUCACAGCUAUCACAGAAAGUCUUCCCCCAACGACCGACUAUCUCACCUAUCUUACCAUUCUCGAAUCCCAUUUAUCUCCCGAAAUUUUACCCAAACUAAAUGAGAUUCUACAAGAUGCCCACUUGACACAAAAUAUUGGCUGGGAUUUGAUUCAUCUGCUACUUCCCAUGCCAGGCGGAGAGAAAUGCUUGGGAACAAUCGCGAGGCUGGGGAAUCCACGGGAAGUCGUUCUGAAGGUCACAGAGGCACUGCAGCUAUUGAACUUGAGCCGGACGGAGGAAGACGAGGAGGAGCAGGAAGAUGCGGAUGAAGGGGAUAGUCACAAUCAUGAUCGGCCUGCAGAAACAAAAGAGGCGGAGAAGGAUGUAGCGACGGAAAGUGUCGAGGCAGGAAUAGGGAAGCCCAUGAAGAAAGUUACGAUUGAUGUAGGAGAAGAUCAGAAGGAGAAGGAAACACCAUCAGAACCAACGCAGGUGGACAAAUUCUGUAUCCUGGUAAAUGUACUUGCGACCAUUCAUCCCAGGAUUAAGACGAAAUACCCCUCGCGAUUUCUCUCGACCUCCUUGAUGGCGAUUCUGGCAGCAUUCCGUCCAUCAAAUCAGGCAACUCUUGCAGUCAUUUCUUUUGUUCACGCGAUAUCAGGCAAGAAACGACCUGCUCUGCCCGAGCGAAAGUCUAGCAUGAAUGUUCCCGUGGUUCAGAAUGGAUCAGAUUCACACCCAUCCGCGCCAGAUCCAGAAGCUCAAGAUGAAGACCCCCGGGAAGCGGCAAUACAGAAGAAGCUUCUGCAAUCUUUUGUCACUCACGUACUAGAAGAUUACAUCAAUACCAAUCCACUGGAAUGGUCAGCAAGACUUCAGGAACUAUUCAGUCCAAAGAAAGUGGUUACAGGAAGAAAAAGCUUAGGCGAGUCGUUUCGAGAAGACCCCGCUCUUCAGACGAGAGACGCAAUUGUUGGUCAACUAGUAGUAUGUAUUACGUUGUCGCUGUAGAGUAUACAAUCUAACAUCUUUCAGGCUCUUGCGCGAGAUCUUGGUUUGUCAGACUAUUCUGAGCUCCUAGACGCAAUUCACAAAACCGAUGAACCUUCUUCUGAAGAGGAUCCCGAAGAAAAUUACCCCACAUCACCCUCUGAUAUUCCUCUCUCCAAGGCUGGCUCCUUGUCUCUAAUCACCUGUCUUAUUUUCGCCUCAGUCCUAUUUGAAUCGAAAGCGGCCCUACCAAAACUUUCAAUAUUCCCAGAUCACGCAAAGCUCAUGAAGCAAUUCAUUGGAAUUGAAGGUCUACCCACUAUUGGAAACGAAUCUCAGGGAGUGAUAGAUGCAGUACUAGCCAUCGGUUUAUGGUUAGAACACUACAACGAAUUCGUUUCGGGUCCAUUAGAAGAUGAGGACUUUCUCCAACAACUCCAAUCCCUAUCUUUAUUAUCAGCCAACACCCCAUCUCCCACUCUCCGUUAUGCGGCUCACGCACUCACUGGCGCCAUCCUCCACGCACAUCCAGUCGAUCGUUUACGAUUGACAUUCAUCUGCGAUACACUAGAACACUGUCCCUACGAAACACUCAAAGCCUCAGCCGUCUCCUGGCUAAGAGAUGAGAUCAUCACCGCACAAGAACGCAAAUCACAAAAUGCAUUCGCUACGACCGUCGCGCUUGCAGCUGCUCAACCAUACCUUUUCCCUGACACCUCAGCGCUGAUCACAGCAAACGACGAGGGAUUAACGGAGGAGCUAGCGCAAAGUUUCAGUUUCCAUAUGGCAGUUGUCAAUUUUCUUUUCUUCAUUUCAAAUGAGACGUAUAAACAUGUCGUACCUCCUGCGAUGAUGGCGGUCGUGGAGGAGAUAUACCUGGGACCCCUGAGGACGGCGCAGAAGAAGGCGUUGGGGAUUGCGGAGAAGGCUGGGGAUGGGAAGGGGGAAGGGGAAGGGGAGGGGGAGGGACAUUUCUAUGGACCAGUUUUUGAGCUGCGGAUGUUGGGGGAUCGGAUUGAGCUUGCUAGUAAACAGGUUGAUGCGUGA